AUGGCCGAAGGGCCGGACAUAGAGGACGUAGCACAGGAUGUGGAGUUGUUCUCUGCGCGACUGCGUGUUACAGACCCCGACGUUCUCGACUUUGUCGAUGAGCUAGUCAAGACUGGUGGAAAACCGAAGAAGAUACUAAAGAAUCUCCAAGAGAAAACAGGCAAGAACGUUACCUUGCGGGAAGUGCACAAUUUGGUGCAGCGAUUGAAGGCAAGGCGGCUCGGAAUUGCAACUGUCGAAGAUCGACUGCAGGCUGUACUGCGUAAGUUUUGUGCCUUUCGUGACAAUACUGCCUCUAUCGUCGUGACCGAGACGGAGACUACGCAAACAACCACACUACAGACAAGACAGACGCAUCGGUUCUUUAAGGCCUUUCCAGAGGUGCUCAUGCUCGACUCCACACAUGGAACGAACGUAUCCAAGUAUAAGCUGUUCAUCUUCAUGAUAGAAGACGUUUUUGGUCAUGCACGUUCUCCUUGUUUGUGA